AUGUCCACAACGUACUUUUCUUCUUCCUCUUCUCUUAUUGUGAUCGUCUUCACAUCUCUCCUCUUCGCUUCCAUUUCCUCACUCCAAACUCCCAAGCAUUAUGUAGUGUACAUGGGCAGUCCCGUUGAAGCUGAUUUACAUAACGGAGAAGCUUCAUAUUUCCAAUUGUUGGACACUCUUCUUCCAAGGGAAGAGAGUGAAAGAAGCAAAGGAGUACAUCAUUACAAGCAUGCCUUUAGAGGCUUCUCCGCUAUGCUCACCGAAGAAGAAGCCGCGGCGUUUUCCGAACAUGAUGAGGUGGUGUCGGUGUUCGAAGAUCCGAUGCUUCAACUUCACACAACUCGGUCAUGGGAUUUUCUGGAGUCACUUUCAGGAGUUGCGUCUUCAUUCCCUAUUUAUAACAGUUUUCAUGGAUCAUCUGAUAUCAUAAUUGGCGUUGUGGAUACCGGGAUAUGGCCAGAGUCUCCAAGUUUCAAUGAUAAAGGGUUUGGAGAAAUACCUUCAAAAUGGAAAGGCACUUGCAUGGAAGGUCCUGACUUUAACAAAUCCCACUGUAACAGAAAGCUGAUCGGAGCAAGAUAUUACACAUCAGCCGGAGCCAAGUCGGCAAGAGAUGCCAACAGUCACGGGACACACACGGCCUCCACAGCGGCCGGAGCUCACGUGAACGGAGCCAGUGACCGUGGCCUUGCGCGUGGGACGGCCAAGGGAGGCCAGCCAGGGUGUAGGAUUGCCGUCUACAAAGUAUGCAACGACGACGGUUGCUCCGGCUCCGCCCUCUUGAAAGCCAUAGACGAUGCGGUCAAUGACGGCGUUGACCUCAUCUCUAUCUCCAUUGGCUUGAAUGCUGCAAGUAGACCGGAUUAUCUGUCCGACCCAAUUGCCAUCGGAGCCUUCCACGCAGAGCUCAAGGGCGUUAUGGUCAUUGCCUCUGCAGGUAACGACGGCCCCGACCCCUCCACCGUCACCAACGUUGCACCAUGGAUAGUUACUGUGGCUGCUUCCACCAUUGACAGAAACUUUCAGUCUUCCGUCAUCUUGGGCAGCGGCAAGGUUUUACGAGGAGCAGGGAUCCAUUUCUCCAAUGCCACAAGAUCUAAGGCGUACCCUCUUGUGUAUGCAAGAAAUGUUGCUGCUGCAUCUACGCCUUUUGAAGAUGCAAGGGCUUGUCUUCCGGGAGCCUUGGACCCCAAGAAAAUAGCCGGGAAAGUUGUUGUUUGUGUGAUGUCAAGCACUACUGGUAUAACAAAGCGAAUCAUCAAGUUGAUAUUAGAAGAUGCUGGAAGCAGAGGUUUGAUUUUGAUAAACAAAAAGGAGAAGAUUAUAGCUUUUGACUCAGGCGAUUUCCCUGUAUCAGAAGUUGAUAUGGUUGAUGGUUACAAGAUUCUCAAGUACAUACUUCAUACCAAGAAUCCAACCGUUACGAUUGUCCCAACCGUUGAGAUCAAACGAACUAAACCUGCACCUGUUGUUGCAAUCUUCUCUUCUAGAGGUCCUGCUUCUCUAACAGAGAACAUUCUCAAGCCGGAUGUAAUGGCACCCGGUGUUUUGAUUUUGGCGGCCGUAACUCCACCGGAGAAUGCUAAAAGAUCCACACCAACGUAUGGGUUAAGGUCAGGAACAUCCAUGUCUUGCCCUCAUGUAACCGGAGCAGCCGCUUUCGUCAAGGCUUUUCGACCCUCUUGGACUCCCUCUAUGAUCAAAUCUGCCCUCAUGACCACAGCAAUACAAUAUGACAACAUGAGAAGAGCAGUGACAAACACCUCCAGACUCACAUCAACACCUCACGAAACCGGUGCCGGAGAAAUCAAUCCUCACCGAGCAAUCAAUCCAGGGCUUGUCUUUGAAACAACUGCACUAGACUAUCUCCAAUUCCUUUGCUACUUCGGCUACUCUCAGAAAACCAUAAGCAAAACACUCACCAAAGCAAAUUUCAUUUGCCCCCAAAAAGUCUCUGAAGAUCUUAUCUCCACCAUCAAUUACCCAUCCAUCUCCAUUGGAAACCUGCGUCGUGGCCAACGUUACCAAAAGAUCAUCGAAAGAACUGUCACAAAUGUUGGACCGGAGAAGAAUGUGACGUAUGUUGCUCAUAUCGAAGCUCCAGAGGGAUUGGUGGUUAAAGUCACACCAAAGAGACUUGUGUUUGGAGAAAACGUGAGCAAAGUUUCAUUCAAGGUUUGGUUCUAUGGGAAGACGAGUGCAUCAAAGGGUUAUCAUCAUGGGUCUUUAGAAUGGUCAGAUGGUUACCACUUGGUGCGGACCGUUUUUUCAGUUAAAAUUAAGUAA